UUCAGUUUCACACAUUGAUUAAUAGUAGUUAAAUCUAAGGGUAAAGGAGUCGAGUCGGAUGAUGCUACAUGUACUAGACUACUCCGGAGUAGUAUCUCACUUAUCAGGUACCGGUACCUGGUACCCUGACUAAAAUCUCGCCCUAUAGAGUACAGCACAUCUCAACAAGCCACUCCACAAGCUUAUUCCAGUCUGCCAUUUGCCUUCGCUUCGAUUGUCGAUUAGACGUGCAAUGAAGCUACGGGGUGAAUGAUUCGGUCCACGUCUCGAGCUUCUGCGAUCUUUGGACGAGCACCAAAGAAACCACAACAAGAACCACAAGAACCACACAAACAUCAAAGCCCUCUAUCACACAGUAACCUUUUCGUUUGAAUCAAGCUAAAUAGAUCAUAAAGGAAACCAUGCCGGUUGUUGAACCACCAGAAGAAGCGAGAAAGAUUAUGACUGCCUCGUGUUCGCUAUGCUGCGAGGACAAACCCAUUGUCGAACUCUUUGAGUUGUCAAAAUGUUCCCAUUCCAGCUGCCUGGGUUGCUUUCAAAAAUGGAUUGAAAAGGUGGAAUCUACUGGCCAAACAACUCUUCCGGUGUGUCCUUUUUGCCGUGCAACACUGGAAGACAAGGAAGUGGUGUCUAUUUUGGGGCGUGGCUUUCAACCCAGGACAGCAAUCGAAACAAACAGCAUGGAAGCAAUCGAUGAAUUGACGCUGCAAUGGUUACGAGAACAGACAAAGCCUUGUCCCCGCUGUGGCGCUUGCAUUGAAAAAGUUGAAGGAGGAUGUGACAUGAUGGAAUGUCUCUGUGGUUUUCGAUUCUGUUAUGGCUGUGGUGCUCCAGGAGCACAAUGCGACUGUACACCUUCCAAUCAUUUCUUUUGGGACAACAUAUCAGACUGCCGCGCCAGGACAGUGGCACCGCUGGAAGCACCUGCAGACCCUGAAACUGGUCGUGUCGAUUUGCGAGCUCACAUUCACAAGCGAAAAGCAAUGGAGCAUGCCGACAAGUGGCGGCGCAAGCGUGCCUUGGAACGAGUCUCGGAACAGAGGGCACGCAUCGCUGCAAGAAACAAAAAACAGCGGGAGCUGAUGGAGAUUGAUGAAGCUGUCCUGAGCGCCAAGUGGCUGUUUCAUGGCAACAAUCUUGCCUCUCGGAUGCUGGUGCAAAUCAUGAACAAAACCUGCAAACGCAGGGAACGGGCACUGCAAUUGUUCAGAAUACAAUCCGAGCAAACCGAAGUUGGGCAAGAUGUUUUGAGCGCCAAAUGGCUAUUUUGCUCCACGGAAGAAGCCAGAAACAGAAUCCUCAAUCAAGUGGCCAAUGCCGACAAGAUUCACCAGGCCCGUUUGGUGACCAGAAAGGAUUAUUCCAAAGACGUUGCAGACGAUGCCCUUUUCACGACCAGGUGGUUGGCUUCCCGGGGUGACGGCACAAAGGUGCUGGGAGAGCUAUUGGCGCGGACGGCGGUACAACAAUCACGUCGGUCCGAACAUCUUCGUCAAGCACGCGAGAGCUGGCAUGUGGACGUCUCAUUCCUCAGUGCGAGAUGGCUUUUUUGCAGACGCGAGAAAACCGCAAUGAAAGUGCUUGAACAGCAAGAUGCAGGACGAAUCAAACGACGAAGCAGGGCACACCAGAGGGACCGAAGGCAAAGAGAAUUACCAGGUGAGUUGGUCCUGGCGGCGCGAUGGCUGUUCUUCCCGAACGCAGAGAAAGGGGCCCGAGUGUUGGCGGCUCGUUUGAGUAAGGAAGCCAUCAAGGUACGCUCGGCACGGAGGCAAUGGCGGCAGCGAAGCAACUUCUGGUGUGGAGGGACAGAAAACGAAAUCGCCAAAGGUGAAUGGCUCUUCUCUGGUGUUUCGCGUGUUGGAAUGCUCAGGAACCUGGCCGACCUAUUCAGGCACAAAAUGCACAAGGCGGGUGCGCCCAGGGUCAGGCUUCACCAGAAAAGUCAGGCAAGUCAAAUUCCACUCUUCGCCAAGAGUGGAACGGCUUUGACGCAAGAGGAACGAGUAUCCAUCGCCAAACGAAAAGGACUUUGCGUCCAUUGCGGUAUCAAGACCCACAAAAUAUCUGUCUUCAAAAGGGAGGGCAUCACGAACGGAUUGGUCUACAAGGGAAUUUGCAUCACUUGCAAUCCUCCGGUGGCCCCUCCUGUUCCGCCCACGGCUAUCAUCACAUAGUCUAAUUAGAAUCGCCUUACCGAAAGCCAUAUCAAGCAACCCUUUUGCCCGUAUAGUAUGGUUGCCACCCACGAAACGAGCCAAAGCCAGUCCACAGGAGGCCCCAACGCACUGACACUCCAUGGUCUUCUUCUCAGAAGAGGACUUCCCAUAGAAUCCUUUACAUGCAUUCAAUAGCGAUUUUGUUGUUGGUUUCCGGUAUACCUCAUGAAAGUGUUGCUACUAGCUAGUGGGACCUCCGGCAAAACGUUUGGAUACGGUAGCAGAGCUAAUACGGUGUAGGCUCAACCAAAUCUUCUGCAAUGGUGUCAUGACCGGCAUGGUACAAUUUCCCCCACAUUUCUUUGCAUGAGGGUUGCCAGCACAGCAUUGUGUGAUCCUUGCUCUUGCCUCUUGUCAUGUUCAAACCCAGCCACGAAAUCAAAUCACAAUGGAAAUCCACAACCAAAGAAAUGUACAAAAAGAGGAGAUGAUUGUUGUCCUAACUAAAAUUUAGUUUUGAGAGGCCACUGGAAAUGCCCCAUGAUUCUUCCUGCCAGCCUGGUUUGAAUGUGCGCUGUUGUUCUAUGACAAAUGAGGAAGCUUGGAUGGACUUUGAAUGGAAGGAACAAUUGCCAUUCCGAAAGCACACACCUCAAUCUUUGCAGUAAUAUCAAUCACUCCUUUACGUAUUCUUGUUGUUGCCAACUCGACCUCCCUUUUUGCCCUGUGGCUUUUUGCGGGUUGUGGGUUUCUUCGUAUUGGAGGCAGCAGUGUUAUUAUUGUUGUUGUUGGUGGCCUUUUGGUUUCCCGGUGGCCCCUUUUUCUGGAUAGCCGACUUGCGUUUGACGACACGUUUCUUGGUGUUCCGUCCUUGUUGAGGCUUCUUUUUCUUGAUAUUGUUGUUUCCAGUAGUUUUGGCAGUGCUGUUGUUGUUGGCAUUGUUGUUGUUGGCUUCCGCAGUGGUAGUAGUAGUGGUAUUCCCAUCCCCCGGUUGACUCAUUUCCUCAUCAUCCUCCACUUCACCCUCUUCGCCAUCUUCCUCUUCACCAUAGUCAUCCUCCUCAUUUUGCUCUUCUUCCUCCUGUGUAUUGUUGUCGGCAUCUUCCCCCUCGAUUAGCUCUCCAUCCUCUUCGUCAGCACACGAAUCACUGCUCAAAGUCCCCGCUUGUGUCCAGUAGUGGUAUGUUGUUGUUGUGCAUAUGUUUCAUUGGCUCGUCGCUGCACAUGCUUUUGAAUGCAACUUUCCAAUUCGGACUCAUCCAGCUGCCAUUUUGGUCGUACUGUGGAUGAUGAUUUCACCAGUGCCAAGCAUCGGGCACUAAAAGCAGCUUGGGCUUCUCCCUUGAGGACAGUGGGAAGUGAUUGUUGUUGUUGAAUCCAUUGCUCCAGUGAGUUCUUGGCCGCCUCCUUGUACGCUUCGAGUUGGGCAAUGUGCAACUUUUGAGCUCGUUUCUGAUUCGAUUCGAUUAUUAUAUACCGGGCAGACCCCGGUGAUCUCUGACCCCGUUUAAUAUACCGGGCAGACCCCGGUGAUCUCUGACCCCGUUUA